GUGACGGCGGGGCGGGCGCUGCUUCCACCUCUCUCGGGCGGCCGAGGCCAGGAUGGCGGCGCCGCGGCCGUGUGGGGACGGGCCGUGCUGCUCGUGCCCGGCGGCGGUGCCCGGAGUGCAGCAGACGCUGGAAGAGAUGGACUUCGAGAGAGGCAUCUGGUCGGCAGCCCUGGAUGGAGACCUGGGCCGCGUGAAGUCUUUCAUCCAGAAGCCCACAGACCCCAGCCAGCCCGACUCGGCCGGCUACACCGCCCUGCACUACGCCAGCCGCAACGGGCACUACGCCGUGUGCCAGCUCCUGCUGGAAAGCGGGGCGAAGUGUGACGCCCAGACCCAUGGGGGCGCCACGGCCCUGCACCGUGCCAGCUACUGCGGCCACACGGAGAUCGCACGGCUGCUGCUCUCGCACGGCUCCGACCCCCGGCUGGUGGACGACGACGGCAUGACCAGUCUACAUAAGGCUGCCGAGAGGGGACACGGGGACAUCUGCUCCCUGCUGCUGCAGCACAGCCCGGCCCUGAAGGCCGUCCGGGACCGGAAGGCGCGGCUCGCCUGCGACCUGCUGCCGGGCAACAGUGCCCUGCGGGACCUGCUGGCCAGCUGAGGUGACAGCACCACGUUGAGAGCACAAACACCAGGCCAUGGCCUGCCCCGCCUGCUCAGCAUCCACGCAGGCGGACAGCCCUCCCAGGACACCCAGAGCCACACAGAGCCAGGGUGGCAGCGAGGCGGAGCUGGCAGCAUUUAAGCCGGGACACACGGUCCCAUUCUGAGUUAAUCCCGUGGAAACAUCUACGCACUUGGGAAAAAUAAAGUUAUCUCCUGACCUCA